UUCUAACAUUCAUAGUAGAGCUUGUAGCCCUGCUGCUUGUGCAGAGUGAAGGCAGGCAGCUCUUUAUUUUUCACAGGGGUUGCAGAAUAUCUAAUUAAGGAUUUUCCAUCGUUUUGAUAAAAACGGGACUUACUGUGAACCACACUGAAUCCUGUGGCACGAAGUCAGCAGCGGAGUUUUUAUCUGGUGAGAGACACAUCAACAGGCUCUAUGGAUCAUGUUUUUCUGGAUUAGCCUUAGAAGAAGGGAAAAGAAGCAAAGGAGUGGAACACUCCUUUGGAUGUAUUUGGUAUCAUUCUCCCUGUUUGUUCAAGAAUGGAUUCACCCUUAAGUGUAUCAGUUAGUUGGAGCACUCAGCACAUCUGAAAUAAGUUAAACAGUAUUUUGCAGGGAGCUUUCUUAAACAAAUUUAAAAUGCAGCCUGAAGAUGACAGGAAGCAGAAUUGUGCUGCUGAUGGAAAUAGUUACGAGAUCACUGCAUCCAGCCAGAGUCAUGAAUCUGAAGACAAACACAAGGAAAACAAGAAGAAAGCAGAAAAGGCUAAUAUGGUCAGCCCAUUUACAAUGUUUCGAUACUCCAGUUGUUCAGAUAAGUUACUAAUGAUACUGGGCACUCUCCUGGCAAUAGCCCAUGGAAGCAGUCUCCCUAUUGCAAUGAUAAUUUUUGGUGAUAUGACUGAUAGCUUUGUUGAUUUUGGAGGAGCAAAUUCUACAGGAAACAUUUCUGCAGUAAAUGCCUCAGAGUUUUUAGGCACACUGGAAGAAGACAUGACAAGAUAUUCAUACUAUUAUUGUGCAAUAGCAGCUGCUGUUCUUCUUGCUGCUUAUGCCCAGACUUCAUUUUGGACCCUAGCAGCAGGCCGGCAAAUAAAAAAAAUCAGAGAAAAUUUUUUUCAUGCAAUUAUGAGACAGGAAAUUGGAUGGUUUGAUGUAAAUGAUGUAGGAGAGCUUAACACUCGUCUGCUGGAUGAUGUCUCCAAGAUUAAUGAAGGAAUAGGUGACAAAAUUGCAUUACUUAUUCAAUCAUUAACAGCAUUUCUAACAGGAUUUGCUGUUGGUCUCAUAAGAGGAUGGAAAUUAACCCUUGUAAUACUAGCAGUCAGCCCUGUCCUGGGACUUUCAGCCACUCUCUGGGCCAAGGUUCUCUCUUCUUUCACUGACAAAGAGCAAGCUGCAUAUGCAAAAGCAGGUGCUGUUGCAGAGGAAGUUUUGGGAGCAGUUCGGACUGUAAUAGCUUUUGGAGGACAGGAAAAAGAAAUUAAAAGAUACUAUAAAAAUUUAGAAGAUGCGAAACAGUUAGGAAUCAAGAAGUCUAUUACAGCCAGUAUUUCUAUGGGUGCUGCUUUCUUACUGAUAUAUGCAUCAUAUGCACUGGCCUUCUGGUAUGGAACUACCUUGGUCUUAACUGAUGAUUACACUAUUGGCAAAGUUCUCACAGUGUUUUUCUCCGUAUUGAUUGGAGCUUUCAGUAUUGGACAGACUGCUCCAAGCAUAGAGGCGUUUGCUAGUGCAAGAGGAGCUGCCUACACAGUCUUUAAUAUCAUAGACAAUGAACCUCAAAUUGACAGUUAUUCAGAGGCAGGUCACAAACCAGACCACAUUGAAGGGAACUUGGAAUUCCAGAAUGUUUACUUCAAUUAUCCAUCCAGACCAGAUGUUGAGAUACUGAAGGGACUGAAUCUCAAGAUUAGUUCUGGUCAGACAGUGGCUCUGGUUGGUGGCAGUGGCUGUGGGAAAAGUACAACUGUUCAGCUCAUCCAGAGGUUUUACGAUCCCAAGGAAGGCACGGUUACCAUUGAUGGGCAGGAUAUUAAGACCUUAAAUGUAAGAUAUCUGCGGGAGAUUAUUGGUGUGGUGAAUCAGGAGCCCGUGCUCUUUGCCACUACCAUUGCAGAAAACAUUCGGUACGGUCGUGAGGAUGUCACCAUGGCAGAGAUUGAGAAAGCUACCAAGGAAGCAAAUGCUUAUGACUUCAUCAUGAAGCUACCCAAUAAAUUUGAAACUAUGGUUGGAGAAAGGGGAGCCCAGCUGAGUGGAGGCCAGAAGCAAAGAAUAGCAAUUGCCCGAGCUCUGGUUCGCAAUCCUAAAAUUCUUCUGCUUGAUGAGGCAACAUCAGCUUUGGAUACUGAAAGUGAAUCAGUUGUGCAGGCAGCACUGGACAAGGCAAGGGAAGGACGCACCACGGUUGUAGUAGCUCAUCGCCUGUCAACAGUCCGAAAUGCAGAUCUUAUUGCUGUGUUUGAAGAUGGAGUUAUCACAGAACAAGGCAAUCAUUUUACAUUGCUUGAGAAAAAAGGAAUCUACUACAAACUCGUUAACAUGCAGGCAAUAGAAGCUGAAGUUCCAUCAUCAGAAGAUGAGAAUGGACUUAGCAUCAAAAAAAGUGAAUCUGAACCAGAUUUUGAAGAAUCUUUAACAAAAGGGUUGAUACGACGAUCAACUCGGAGAAGCAUGAAAAAGCCAGGAGCACAGAAUGAUGAUUCUAACAAGAAAACGGGUUCACCUGAUGAAGAAUUACCUCCAGCUCCAUUUCUGAAAAUUAUGAAGUUGAACAAAACUGAAUGGCCAUACUUUGUUUUUGGAAUUUUUUGUGCCAUUAUCAAUGGGGCUUUACAACCUGCGUUUGCAAUCAUAUUUUCAGAAAUUAUAGGGGUUUUUACAGAAUCUGACAAGAGCAUUUUAAGAAAAAAAGGUGACUUAUAUUCAGUGCUGUUUUUAGUACUUGGGAUCGUUUCCCUUUUUUCCUUCUUUUUUCAGGGCUUCACAUUUGGCAAAGCUGGAGAAAUUCUUACAAUGAGGCUUCGAUUCAUGGCAUUUAAAGCAAUGCUUAGACAGGACAUGAGCUGGUUUGAUAAUCCUAAAAAUACCACUGGAGCAUUAACUACAAGACUUGCUAAUGAUGCCGCACAAGUGAAAGGAGCAACUGGUGUCAGAUUGGCAUUCAUUGCCCAGAACAUAGCUAAUCUGGGAACUGGAAUUAUCAUAUCAUUAAUUUAUGGCUGGCAGCUGACUCUGCUACUGCUAGCUGUUGUGCCAAUCAUAGCAGUGGCAGGAAUGAUUGAAAUGAAGAUGUUGGCUGGGCAUGCUAAAAAAGAUAAAGCAGAGCUGGAAGUUGCAGGAAAGGUUGCCACAGAAGCCAUAGUAAAUAUUAGAACUGUUGCUAGUUUGACCAGAGAAAGAAAAUUUGAGUUGAUGUACAGAGAACAUUUGGUUGUCCCAUACAGAAAUGCUGUGAAGAAGGCACAUAUAUUUGGAUUUUGUUUUUCCCUUUCACAAGCAAUGAUGUUCUUUACCUAUGCUGGCUGUUUCCGUUUUGGUGCCUAUCUAGUGGUACAUGGAUACAUGGAGUAUAAAAGUGUGUUUUUAGUGUUUUCAGCUGUUGUAUUUGGAGCAAUGGCAUUAGGACAAAGCAGCUCUUUUGCUCCAGACUAUGCCAAAGCCAAGAUAUCAGCAGCCCACUUGUUUAUGCUGUUUGAAAGUGUACCCUCAAUAGACAGUUACAGCGAGGAGGGAGAGAAGCCUGAAACAUCUGGGGGAAACAUAACGAUCAAAGAUGUGGCAUUUAACUACCCAAACCGACCAGAGGUCAAAAUCCUGCAAGGUUUGAAUCUACAAGUAGAAAAAGGGCAAACUCUUGCUCUUGUUGGCAGCAGUGGGUGUGGAAAAAGCACUGUUAUUCAGCUUCUUGAGAGAUUUUAUGAUCCGCUUGAUGGACAAGUGCUUCUUGAUGGCAAAAAUACAAAGACACUGAAUAUCCAGUGGCUGAGAGCUCAGAUUGGUAUCGUCUCACAAGAACCAAUCCUGUUUGACUGCACUAUUGCUGAAAACAUUGCAUAUGGAGAUAACAGUCGUAUGGUGCCACAUGAGGAAAUUGUUAAUGCAGCAAAAGAAGCCAACAUUCACUCCUUCAUUGACUCUCUGCCAGAUAAAUACAAUACCCGUGUAGGAGACAAGGGAACUCAGCUCUCUGGUGGUCAGAAACAACGCAUCGCCAUUGCCCGAGCUCUUGUACGUAAGCCCCAAAUUCUGCUACUGGAUGAAGCUACGUCUGCCUUAGAUACAGAAAGUGAAAAGAUUGUCCAGGAAGCACUGGAUAAAGCCAGAGAAGGUCGCACUUGCAUCGUGAUAGCUCACCGCCUCUCCACCAUCCAAAAUGCUGACAAGAUUGCUGUGAUCCAGAAUGGCAAGGUCAUAGAGCAGGGGACCCAUCAACAGCUCCUGGCUGAAAAAGGCAUCUACUAUUCUCUGGUCAAUGUACAAAGUGGGUCAAUCAACAUGUAAAUUAAAGGCAGUACGGAUCUCUGAACUGUCACUGGAAUUAUUUCACUACCGGUAUUUUUGUCACUGUAAUUAUAACUAAUAGUCAGUCUUGAUACUUUUGGUUUUCUUCCUUGCUUCUGUAAGUCCUAUGAAAACAAGAAAUACCAAGUAAAUAUGUACUGGUUUCUCACUACUGUUUCUCAUUAUUCACAGCACUCUACUAUGUAGCCAAAUCAGAGGCCUGUUGCACUCAUAAAAUUAAAAGCAUGCUAAGCCAUAUGUAUAUUUAGCUUGCUUUGAACUCUGUCAAAGUCAUGCUAAUCAAGACGUGUCUGGUAAGCAACCUGUAAACAUCUUAAUGCUCAGAAAAAAAUAGUUUCCCUAUUGCUAGGAAAAAAACUUCAUGCCUUAACCUCGCUGUGCCUGUGUAAGACGUGAUCGGUCCUGCCCUAUUGGGCUUGUACCGACUUGUUAUGAGAACUUGAAGGUCAGGUGGAGCUUUGAUGACAGAUAUUCUUGUUAUUAUGUGGAGUUUUAGUGUGGGUUGACAGCAAGAAGUCUUGAAAAUAUGGGCACAGGCUGAAAACAAAGGGCCUGGAACUGUUGGUCACUUUCUGAUCAUUGAAGAGGUGCAACCUUAAUGACUGGGAGAAGAUUGCUUGAAGUGUAAACACAGAAAAGGAGGAGCAGAUAAGAAAAAACCUACAACGAGGCAAGACACCUGCUGCAGCCUGGGCAAGUAGUAUCUACAGGUAUCCCAAAGUCCUAAGCUUCAGGGGUCAGGGACAAGAACUCUCAAAGACUGCAAUAUUUUAUAGAAGGUGAAUAUCUUGAAAUUGGGUCUGGAGGAGGAAGAAGAAAGGCAAACUUUCAGUGUUAGCUUCCUUCAAUGAAGAGCUCUUGAACUUGUUCACACUGAUGACAGACUAUCAAGACUAUAACCACUGAUACAAAUUCCAUGGCAUUGGGUCUGUGGUAUUGUAUAUUAGUUGCUAACUUAGGAUGACUCUUCAGGAGUAACUGCCUUAUCAAAAAUUAUUAAGAACUAACUAUUAGCAAUGUAUAUUUUUAAUGAGUAUGUGUACAGUAAAAUUUUGUUUUUAAGUUUUAAA